AUCAGCCCAGUGUUUGAAAAAUGCAAUUCUUAUCUCUAUGGGGUGCUUAACAAAUUGGCACCCGUUUCCUUCUAUAAAUCAGUGCAGCUUGCUCCAAUGUUAUUGUUCCCUCCCACCAGCAAUGAUAUGAUAAUUCUCCAGCUGUGGGAUGUACUAAGCAAAGUCCAGUGUAGAUAAGAAUUUCUGGGCUCCUCUAGCAGUGUGUGCAGCUUUGCUUGCUUUCUCUUCUAUGGAUCUCAACGUUGGUACUGAAAUCAUCCCGUGCCCCACAUUAUUACCAGAUGUCACUGCUGUGAUGGAAUUGUCGGAAGAUUUACCAAAUGGCAAGUUCCCAUACAGAAAGUCGAUUGGACUUUGGGGCACAGAUGAGGACAUGACUCCAUUGUUGCCCAUUUUGAUAUCCGCAAGAGUCCAGAAAAGAGAGACCCAGGCUGGUACUUGGCUCUGAUGGCUCCUAAUGAAAAAGGCUCUGACUAUGCCUGGCUCGAUCCUUCCAGGCUGUAUUGCAAUCAACAGGCCCUGCAGGACUGCAUUGAAGAUCUGCUGCUACCCUUUACUGAUGAUCACAUUGACCUUGUUGCUGGAAUAGAUGCCAUGGGUUUUAUACUUGGCGCUGCAAUAGCUGCCCAUCUGGGAAAAGGAUUUUUGGCCAUUAGGAAAGCAGGUCAUCUGUGUGUGAAGACACGUAGUACGAACUAUGCCGACUACUCCGGAAAAGAAAAGGUUAUGGAGGUCCGAACUGAUGUCAUUAAAACAGGUUUGCGGAUAUUGCUGGUGGAUCAGUGGAUUGAAACUGGUGGAACAAUGAAGGCCGCUAUUAAACUGGUGGAAGAACAAGGUGGGAUCGUUGCAGGUGUGGCUACAAUCUGCAUUGAGGACAGUGAGGGCGGUAAGUGGGUGAAAAAACAUUACAAAUGCUCAGACUGUGUUCCGGAAUAUCUGAGAAGCCACUUCAACAACCAUGUUCUGGAGAAUGUCCAGCUCUAUUACAAUCAGCAGAAUAGUUGUGAAUGAACUGUGUUCUGUGUCAACAGCAUGUAAUGCAAAAGCUUCUGGUGCAAUUCCUGCCUAGGUACUGCUUCAAAGAAAGCCUUCAAGCAACAUAGUAGUACAAUGAAUUUGGUCAGAAUUUAGCAAUGAAAUUUAUUUUGCCCUUUUUUCAAUCACCAAGAUUUUCCUGAAUUGUAGGUAGGGUUAAAUAAGGAAUGGAGGACAAAAUUCUCUAGCUGUAUAAUAUAUAAAUACACAUAAAGUAUAAUUCUCCACUGUUUUUUUUUUAUAAUUAUAAAGUACUUUCUACAGCUUUUGAAAUAAAGUUUUUAAAGGGGAAGUUCACAUUAUAAAUAACUUUUAGUUUGAUGUAGACAGCUAUAUUCUAAUGCAAUAUAUAUUUUUUUAUAUUUUGUGGUCUUUGAAACAUGUAUAUUUUUAGUCUGCAACUCUCCGCCUUGGAAUUGUUAUUGCUUUGAGUUGGAGUGAGAGAGCAAGAAAGCAAAGAUAAACAAUAUAAAUUAGAAUUAUCAAGGUCUAGAAUAUGUCUAUCUAUACCAUACUAAAAGUUAAUUGGAAAAGUGGCUGCAGAGAUAAAUUAAGGGGUGAAGCAGAUGCAAAAUGUAUUAGGAUAUGGCCCAGGGUUGACAGAGAUGCUUAGGGCAUAGGCUGAGAAAGAUUUAGUGGGCAAAUAUGGUAGAGGCAGAGAAGGGUUUAAUAGCAUAAACAGACUACACAGAGAUUUAUAGGGACAAAAAGAGUAGAGACAGAACAGGUAGUUAAAACAGAUGGUAAGAAGCACAGACAACUGGGUGUUUAGAGAAGAAGCAGAGCAGGAGUUGAUAUGGGGCAGAAGGGGUAGACCAGGUGUUAACUGAAAGACUGACAACUAAAGCAAGGAUUUAUUUGGACAUGGGCAGGGGAAGGGAUUAACAUGAAGUGGGAUAAAGUAGUGGGGUUAAGAAGGGAGAAGCAAUGAAAAAUUGAAUAAAAGUUAUGGAGACAGGAGAGAGGUUUAGUAAACAGAACAGAGGAGCUGCUGGGGCUAGUGGGCUAGUGGGGCACAAGUAGCAGUUACUCAGCAUCUUUGUGAGUCCCACUCUGUGCCCCUCUGUGCCCCCAUGGCAGCUGGUAUCUACACACAAAGCAGAGUUUUUCUUUCUUUUACAUAAAUAUCUACAUUUGAUUGGUCUUCUUUUAAAUAAUGCAAUGCAUAAAAUGUGAUUUUUAGAUAUGAAAUGCUUGUGAAUAAUGCUUCUUAUUGUACUUUAAAAUGCCUGUGAUUUUAAGUCCCCUUAUCUAUUGAUCUGGGGCGAGCUGAAAUUGUAAAAAUAAACUUUUUAUCAAAUUUCA